UUGCUUUCAUUUCAUCAGAUUCUUGGAUUCCACGAUCUUCUCUUGAGUAAGCCUCUCUUCAUCGCCUGGCAACCUCGGCCGGCCACCAAUAAGUACAACUUGCAAGUCUCCUAAAUAUCCUCAUUCCGCAUCUCCCAACACGAACGUAUGCGAGGUGGUAGUUGGUAGUACGACGAGUCCAGCAGAAUAAUGGAGAAUCCGGAGGGGAAUAAGGGUCAUGUUUUUUUCGACAAAUUCACAUGGAAGAUUGAGAAUUUCUCGAAACAAAACGCCACAAAUCUGCGCUCCAAGCCCUUCAAAAUCUGCGGUUUCAAGUGGAAGCUCCAUGUGCACCCGCUGAGGAGGGACGUGGACAAUUUUUCUGUGUAUUUGACUGUUGCGGAUUCAUUGCCGCCGUAUGGAUGGAGCAGAAACACGUAUUUCAAGUUGGUCCUCAUUAAUCAGAUCGACCCCAACAAGUCUAUUAUCAAAGAAACACAGCAGAAAUUCAAGGGAGGACAUCGUAGCUGGGGCUCAUUCUUGGUGACUCUCAAAGACUUCUACGACCCCAAACAAGGAUAUCUCGUCAAGAACACUUGUAUCAUCGAAGCCCACAUUGGCGUUCCCGACGUUGCCCCCAAAAUUCAAGCCACCGAUAAUAACCUUCCAACAAUCCCAGAAUCUAAUCAUCAUCAAACUGAACAACAACAAAGUACAGAAUCCACCACACAAAACGAAGAUCAAGCAACCACAGAAUAUUCCGACGAAAUUAGCGAGACGCCUAGUUCCCUAACCAGCUCUUCCGGUCAUGCAGAACUUGAUGAAGUCCAAUGCUCAGAUUUAACCCUACGAGAUCUCAUAGAUGUGAGCGGUUUUGGACCAGACGAAGCAGCUUACGUCCCUCUUUUGGAAGAAGCAUGCACGUGGCAUCCUCAGCUGAUAAACUCUCAAAGGGACAGAACUCGCUGGUUCAAAUUAUGGGCUUUCACGUCUUUAGGCCAAGUUCUGUACUUUCUCAAGACAAAAAAAGUUAAAGACAUGGACGAAGAUGGGUGUAAGUACCUUCAAGGUUUAUGGGACGAGCUUGUGAAGUCGUCUGGGUUUAACUUGAGUUGGUUAGAGCCUUAUGUUCAAUCAGCAUUAAGUGCCAAGAACUAUUUGCCAAAAGCCGAGACAGUGGAGAAAGCUGCGCAGAAAAUGACUGAUUUGGAGAUUAAAGUGAAGAAGCUGAAGGGAGAGCUGGCUGUUGCAGAAAUGGAGCAUGAAUUAGCAAGAAGAGAGUUGGUCGAAAUCAAGGGAAGUUUCCAUGAGCUGGAUUUGAACGCUGCAUUAGAUUAUGCCAUGUUUUAA